UCUACCUCGGCGCCGUCUUCGGCAGCAUCGAUACGGGGAUGGUGGUGGCUAUGCUCAUCUCAGUGUUGCAGGUGCGGCUCUUCUUGGCGCGGCCGAGGACGAUGGUCAUGGGCAACGUGCCAGAGACGCCCAUCUACCGGUGGAUGGACCAGUACACGACGUGCUCGACGGCACCCUUCGCGAGAAGAUCACCCGGUGGAUUGACGACGACGACGAACGAACCUCGUCCUCAACAUGUGUGAGCGAUUGGCAGCAUCGACACCAGUGGUACGAGUAUGCAUUUCGACAUGGCAAAUUUUGUGUGGAAGAUGGUAAUUUACUUAAACAGGUGCAUCUUUGACCAAGUAUAGGACGGGCAGAUGUCGCGAAAGGAAUACUCAUGGUUUCUGAAGACUGACUAUGCUCCCUCGAGUACUACGCAGCAACAAACUCAGGAUAACUCAGUCGAGAACUUUAAAAGAGCAAACAAGAUUCUGGCUUCGGAGUCUGAGCCGGUUCAAAUAUGGGAUUUCUCUGCGCGAACAACCUUCAUAUGGAUGAAUGAAUGGAACCGUAUGCCCCAAGAUCCUCGGUCUAAGAUCCUCGGCCUUCUGACCAGGAGGCAACAGGUGAGGAUGGUGGCAGGAGGAUGUACCUGCGGCGUGAGGAGAUGGGUGCAGGAACAGCCGGCGCGCGGAGGUGGCUGGUUCCGACGGCCUCAGGUGAGGAUGGUGGCAGGAGGAUGUACCUGCGGCGUGAGGAGAUGGGUGCAGGAACAGACGGCCUUGGUGAGCAACACCAUGAGAGGAGAUGGGUGCAGGAACAGACGGCCUUGGUGAGCAACACCAUGAGACGGGAGCAGAGGUUGCUGGUUCCGGCGUGGCUGGACUGGUUCCGUUCCGGCGGAUGUGGCCGGAGGGCGAGUAUGGGUCCAGCGAGAGGAAAAACUGGCGUUCCUGGUGACGUGCGAUGACGGCUCGAUGGAGCUUCCGCACUUGUUUCUUUCUUUGGUUUGGCUGGGACGUGUCUUUUUUUUGGUUUGUUUUUUUGGUCAAUGCAUGGAGUACUGUUGUUUUUCUUUGGCCGGUGCGUGAUCGUGGUACUGUUGUUUUUCUUUGGCCGGUGCGUGAUCGUGGAUUGAGUCGUAACUGUUGUUUUUCUUUGGCCGGUGCGUGAUCGUGGGCUGAGUUGGUGGAGAUGUAUCUGAUCGUGGGCUGAGUUGGUGGCGAUGUAUCUGGUUCAUGGGCCGUGUUAGCAACGGGAUGCGAUCGAGGGUGGGGUUGCGGUCGA